AUGUCAAUGUAUCUACUUAAAGGAGGUAGAAGUUUAAUUUCUUCUACUUUAUCAUCACAACAAUCAUUUUCAUUUAUAAAGUCAGGAGCAACAGCUUUGACUACUACUACAUAUAAUAAUAAGACUACUCUUAGUGGAUCAUCAUCAUUAUACUCAUAUAGAUCAUACGCAAAGGAGUCAUCAGGAGAUGGAGAGGAAGAAAAGAAGAAAAAGAAAAAGGAUACUAGCAAGAACCCAAAAGAGGCAGCUGCUGAAAAGAAAGAUGAUAGCAAGGAUGCCUCUGGCAAAAAGAUUGACAAAAAGAAACUAUUAAAAGUAAAGAACAACAGAGUUUCAUUAAAGGACAGCACACAAACACUUGUCGAUCGUGUACACCAAGCAUACAAUGUACUCUCUCAACAACAAUUGACCGACUCUACCUCUGUCAAAGUCAUCAAGCGUGAUCAAUUAUUGGAUAUGAUCAGUAAUGGUGCUAUCAAGGAAUACUCUUUGAUCGAUCUUAGAGAUCCAAAGGAAUUCUUUGGUGAUUAUCCAAUCAAAGAAAGUUUAAAUAUGCCAAUGGAUAUUGUAGUUAAAAAGGUUGAAUUGGAUGAAGAAGCUUUGGAAAAAAAGAGAAUCAAGGAUUUAAACAAAAGAGGUAAAAAGAAAGAAUCAAAAUUGGACAAAAAGAAGGAAUCCAUCGAAGAUGAGUUCAACUUUUGGGAAAAGUCAAUGAAGUUGACAUCGGCUCAAUGGAAAGACAAGUUUGGGUUCCCAAAGGUUGCUCAAGACUCUAAAAUUAUCUUUUACUCUGCAAACAAUGGUAGAAGUUUGGAUUGUGCCAAUAUGGCCGUUGAAGGUGGUUUCACAAAGAAUUUCGAUAAGAUUAAAAAAAAUAUUUCAAAUGAAAUCAAUAGUAUUCCACCAACUGCCAAGAAUAUGAAUACAUUUACCUCUAAAAUGGUACAACCUUAUAUUCCAGUACCAAUUCCAUGGGCUCAAUCACAUGACAAUGACUUUGAUACCGAUGGUGAUUACUCUUUGAAUCCAACUUUGUUUCCUGCUCCUAGACCAGCACCUGUUGAUACUAGUACUUCUGCUCAUCCACUUCAUCGUAUGCCUGCCCGUCCACAACCUGUAAAACAUGUAUUCCUAUUAUCAAUUGAUGGUGGAGGUAUUAGAGGUCUCAUGCCUGCCAUUUGGUUAAAGGUUUUAGAGGAUGAACUUCGUGCUCAAGGAGUGACCAAACCAUUGAACCAAGUAUUUGAUCUAAGUGCUGGUACUUCAAUUGGUGGUAUUUUGGCACUCUCAGUCUCUAAAGGUCUUAGUCCCGAUCUUUGUAUCGAUCUAUUUCAAAAGAAUGGAAACAAGAUAUUUGGUCGAUCAAUUUGGGACAAGUUUACCAAUUUCGGUGUGUUUAGACCAAAGUAUUCAGUAGACGGUCUCAUUCAAUUACUCAAUGACAACUUUGGUGAAAAUACAACCAUGGAUGAACUAAAAGGAAAGGUUGUAGUCACUUCUUGUACAGUCACUGGUAAACCAAAAUAUUUUACAAAUAUUGAUCUAGAUUCAAAUAAUGCUUCAUUAAAACAUGAUCAUAAACAAAAAGUUGUUAAAGUUGCUCGUUGUACAUCGGCAGCACCAUUAUUUUUCCCAGCUCAAGAGAUGGAAAUAUUAAAACCAAUCAUUGGAGAGAAUGAAGAGUUGAAAUAUGAUCCAAAUCAAAAACAAACGAUGGGAUUUGUAGAUGGAUGUUGUUGGAUUAAUAAUAGUAGUGGAUUGGUUGCUAAACUUGCCUUUUCACAUUUCCACAACUUCCAAUUCCAACCUGAAAAGAUUCAUAUCUUAUCACUUGGUACUGGUGAUACAUCAUCACAUAUCUCCAAUUAUGCAGGUGCUAGUGAUAUAGUUGGUGUAUUUGAUAUUCUAAUGUCUUCCAACUCUAGAGGUAUCGAUUACUCAUUAAAGGAUCUCUAUGGAAAGUCAUAUGUUAGAAUUAAUCCAAUGCUCAAUGAACCAAUUAGUAUGGAUGACGCUUCCGAUGAAACACUCGAUGCUUUAAAUCUAGUGGCUGGUAGAGUCAAAUCUAAAAAGGGUGUUUGGAAAUUUGACAAAACCUCCUUGGCAGGUUCACGUAUUUACAAAAGAAUUCAAGAGUUUGUUAAAGUUUAUGUUGAAGCUAAAAAGAGUGAAGGUGAAUCAUUAGGUCCAAAUGCUGCUUAA